AGAGUUUUUUUUUUUUUUUUUAACAUUAAUUACACCUGGGUGAGUGUGUGUGUGUGUGUGUGUGUGUGUGUGUGUGUGUGUGUGUGUACUGUGCAUGCAUGUGUGUGAGGCAAUGUGCGUCCACUAGGUGUCUCAGUGUGUUUCUAUUAUAUGAUAGUGACAGUAAAGCAUGUCUUCCUCCUCUUAUCACGACUCUCAUCCCACCAGGACACUCUCUCUCUUUCUUCUUCUUUUGCUCUAUAUCUCUUUUCUUCUGUUCCUCCUCCAAUCCUCCCAUUUUCUUCCAUUUUCACCUUUUCAGUCUUUCUGCCCUUCUCCCCACCCCUUCUCCCCUCUGACCAACAACUUAAGAUAAUUCUUACUAGCAUGUAACUAGACACCUUUUCCUCCAUCCCUUUCGGAGUAACAACAGACACAUGGAGAAAGAUUAAGCAGAAAAGUGGGAGAAACAGAGGGUAAGAAUGGAGAAGAGGUGAAAAAAAGCCUGAUGAGAAACCAGGACUAGAAAGACAGUAGGUCAAAGAGCAUCAGAGGAAUAUAAGGGCAAGAGAGAGAGAGAUAGUGCGAGAUAGUGUUUGUGUUCCUGUGUGUGAGAGAGGGAGAGAGAGAGUGAAAGGGAUGGAGAGAGAAAAAGAGAGAUGGAGGGAGGAGGGGUUUAAUCCUGCCUGGAUUAUGGUAUAAACUGGUGCCGGCGAGCAGGAAGAGAUAUGCUGGAGAGAGAGGAAGUUCCAUUAUCCCUCCAUCCAUCACUCCAUCCAUCUUACUCUCCAGCCCGUAGUGUAUUUGUGUCCCAGCACUGCGUGAUUUUGGUUUUGGAUCCACGAGGAUGUGAAGUCAGCAGAAGGGACGGCAGGAAAAUCUGAAGUUGCAGCAGGAUUUCUUUUGGCAGUGUCCUGCCUUGGGAAUGCCACACUGCUUGACAACAAGGACUAAACUCGUGUGAAGAAAGAAGUUUAACGGGACAUCCUGACCCUUCCCGGCAUCCUGUAGAUCCAAGCGAGGGGGCAUGGAGGAGAGAAGUGGAUGAUGGGAGGAGGAGAAAUAGGAUUAAGAGGCAUGGAGAGGGAGGUGUAGGAAUAUGGCGAGACUCCGUUGUGACUCCUGGUGUGCAGAACUGACCUUUGACAUUGAAGACAAAUGCUCUCUAGAAUCUUUUGUAUGCCGGGAUAAGCAGCUCAGCUGACAUCAAAUCAUCGGUCAGACACUUUUUAUUCACUAUCAGACAUAUUUGAACUUUCUCUCAAGAUCCACAUGCCUCAAAGAGAUGGUUUUAAAGCCUUGACAACAUGACAUACGUACAACAAUCUCUGGACUGAUGCAGAUCGCAGCAGCUGCAGGGAUGAACUGCUGGAGUCCGGGAAACGCCGGGAAUGCCCAUAAAUCGGAGAGAAGUGGGCCGCACAGAGGGAAGCUGAUGAUGCUGAUGUGGAUUAUCCUCUUCAGCUCGCUGUGCCUGAUGGUCGACAGCCAGAUGAAGAUCUCACCAGAAACGGUGCAGCAGUGGGCCGUGUCCUUUGGCAAAGAGAUCACUGCCCUGUCCGCCAAAUACUCUGGAGCUAAACUACUACAGAAGAAAUACAAGGAUGUUGAGGGGGUGGUGAAGAUAGAAGAGGUGGAUGGAGAGGAGCUGGUGAAAAAGUUUGCAGAGGAGAUGGAGGAGAUGCUUGGGAGGAAAAUGAAGUCUGUGAAGAGGUUAGCAGAAGCAGCGGAGGAUGCUGAUCUUUACCAUGAGUACAAUGACACAAUGGAGUUUGACUAUUAUAACUCCAUGCUGAUCAACACGGUGGAUGAGGAUGGGAACCCAGUGCCGCUAGGAGGAGAAUUCCCCCUGGAGGAAAAUGAACACUUCAAUAAAUUGCCAGUCAAUACACAACAGAGUAACAUACAAGUCCCCACUAAUGUCUACAACAGAGAUCCAGACAUUGUUAAUGGCGUCUUCAUGUCUGAGGCUCUGAAUGAUGUGUUCAUCGAUAACUUCCAGAAAGAUCCAACUCUCACAUGGCAGUACUUUGGCAGCGCCACAGGCUUCUUCAGGCUGUACCCAGGGAUCCAGUGGAUUCCAGAUGAGAACGGUGUGGUCACCUUUGAUGCCAGAAACAGAAAUUGGUAUAUCCAAGCAGCCACGUCUCCUAAAGAUGUGGUAAUUGUGGUGGAUGUCAGUGGCAGUAUGAAAGGACUCAGACUGACCAUAGCCAAACACACCAUCAAUACAAUCUUGGACACACUGGGAGAAAAUGACUUUGUUAACAUCAUAGCUUACAGUGACUAUGUUCGUUACGUGGAGCCCUGCUUCAAGGGCACACUGGUACAAGCUGAUCUGGAUAACAGAGAGCAUUUCAAACUUUUGGUUGAAGAACUUCAUGUCAAAGGAGAGGGCAAAGUGAAAAAUGCAAUGAAGGAAUCUUUCAAGAUCCUCAAUGAGGCCGCAGCGCUGGGCCAGGGCAGCCUGUGUAACCAGGCCAUCAUGCUGAUAACAGACGGAGCCAUGGAGGACUUCCAGGAUGUUUUUGAAGAGUUCAACUGGCCAGAACGACGGGUUCGAGUGUUCACCUAUCUAAUUGGAAGAGAGAUGACAUUUGCCGAAAAUGUCAAAUGGAUUGCCUGCAACAACAAGGGUUACUACACACACAUUUCCACACUUGCUGACGUACAGGAAAAUGUUAUGGAGUACCUCCAUGUUCUCAGCCGGCCUAUGGUCAUCAACCAUGAUCAUGACAUCAUAUGGACUGAGGCCUACAUGGACAGUGUGCUGUUCAAUACUCAGGCCCAAAGCCUGCUCCUGAUGACCUCUGUAGCCAUGCCUGUAUUCAGCAAGAAAAAAGAGACCUUGUCUCAUGGGAUUCUACUGGGAGUGGUGGGAACUGACGUGGCCCUAAGAGAACUGAUGAGAUUAGCUCCAAGAUACAAGUUGGGUGUCCAUGGUUACGCCUACCUCAUCACUAACAAUGGCUACAUUCUGUCGCAUCCUGACCUACGACCUCUGUAUAAGGAAGGGAAGAAGCUAAAGCCCAAACCCAACUACAACAGUGUUGAUCUGUCAGAGGUGGAGUGGGAAGACACUGAGGAGAGACUGAGGACGGCCAUGGUUAAAGGAGAAACUGGAACAUUAUCUUUAGACGUGAGAACUUCAGUGGAUAAAGGAAGGAGAGCAAUGUUCUUAAAGAAUGAUUAUUUCUACACCAUCUUAAAUGAGACGCCAUUCAGUCUGGGUAUAGUGUUAACCAGGGGAUAUGGACAGUAUAUCUUCACAGGAAACGUCUCUGUGGAGGAAGGUCUUCAUGACUUACUGGCUCCAGAUCUGACCAUAGCCAGUGAGUGGACAUACUGUGAGACGGACAUUGACCCAGCCCAUCGCAAGCUGAGCCAGCUGCAAGCUGUAGUGCGAUACCUCACUGGCAAAGAACCAGAUCUGGAGUGUGAUAUGCAGCUGUUGCAACAAACUCUGUUUGAUGCUGUAGUCACGGCUCCUAUGGAAGCGUAUUGGACAGCUCUUAUGCUCAACACAUCUGGUAUGGAGGACGGGGUAGAAACCGCAUUCUUGGGGACCCGUUCAGGCCUGAUGAGAUUCCAGCGGUACACUGGUAUUGAGAAAAGAAUUGCCAAGUCUUUCCUGACCUCCACAGACAAGGAGAAUAUGUUCACAUUGGACCAUUUCCCAGUGUGGUACCGCAGAGCAGCCGAGUACCCAGCUGGACAGUUUCUAUACUACAUGCCCAGACAGGACACUAGAGCAGGGAGGAUAGUGAUCGCCACCACUGCUGUCACUGUGACGGUGGGCACGAAAACUGCCAUCGCUGGAGCCACUGGUGUCCAGAUAACUCUUGAGGUGAUGGAGUCCAGAUUCUGGGGCAUUGUGGCACAGCCAAAUGACACAGAUUGCUCUGAUGUAGAGGGGGUUUGUCCUCUUCGGUGUGACAGUGCUGAUAUCGACUGCUACGUGAUUGACAAUAAUGGCUUUGUCCUAAUUUCUAAACAGCGCAAUGAUGCGGGGAGGUUCUUUGGUGAGAUUGACGGAUCAGUGAUGACCACACUGAUCAGAAUGGGCAUGUUCAAAAGGGUGUCCUUGUUUGACUACCAGGCCAUGUGUAAGAUGAACUCACACUCUGUCAGCAGCGCCCGUCCACUUCUCAGUCCUUUCUAUGGUUUGGCUUCAGCCCUCAAGUGGUUCCUCUCCAACUUUCUGCUGUUUCUCCUGGAGUUUAAUAUUUGUGGCUUCUGGCACACAGAGCAUUUUGCCGAUGCAAAGCCAUCUGUCAGUGGGUCCUCAGCUCAUAAGAAAAAAGGGGACAUCCUGCAGCCGUGUGACACCGAGUACCCCAGCUUCGUUUACGAGCCAUCAGUCAAAGAGACCAACAGCAUCAUUAAGUGUGGACGCUGCCAGAAAAUGUUUGUGGUGCAGCAGAUACCAGAGAGCAACCUUCUGAUGCUGGUGAUUCAGGCAGACUGUGACUGUUCCAGACAGUAUGGACCGAUCACCAUGGAGCCCAAGGAAGUCAAAUAUAUCCUUUGA